AUGGCGAUUUUCGACUCGGAGAAGCGCCCACGCGGCCUGCGCGUACCGUCCCUGACGGCUAUGAAAAACAGCAGCGCCGCCGCCAAGUCGCAGUUCUCUUUCCACAGUAAGAAAUCCAACGACUCGCACGAAGAUUGCACGGCGCCCGCCUCGGGCCUCGCUGCUGCACCUGCACCGGCGCCCAAGUCUGCACCGCCUCGAGAUAAGCAACUCCCGCCUCCCCCGAUGGAGAAGCGGCCGCAGCCGGGCCCUGCCCCGCCGCGGUCAUCCUCGAUGGUGCCCCCGCGUCGAGAGGUAGCUCGCAACCACAGACCCGGCGAGACUUCACCUGUCAUGGGAACACCGACGACGGGGUUGCGACAAGCUUCGCAGGUGUCCCCUGCAGUUGCAGCCACGCCACAAUCACCGCCGCAAUCGCAGUCACCUCAAGUACGAGCGUACGCUCCAUCGCCUCAAUCGCCGCCCGCUUCUCAUGAAGGCCUGGUUUAUCAGUUGUCCCAGGCUGCCCCAACUCCUCCAAACCCCCAGUCCCCUCCGACCCGGCACGCAGCAUCCCAAGAGUUCCAAGCCCCAGCUGCAGUCAUGUCCGCGCCUCAAGCAUCCGAAUCAGCUCCACAUCCACAGGCAUCCUCGGCAGCACGAACACAUACUAUAUCUCCCCCACCACAAGCCGAGACCGACGCCUUGACCCCACUGGAAGACUUCAUCCCAACUCCUGAUGGCGCAGGCACGCCUUUGGAACCAGUGUCCAGUGACGAACAGGCUCCACCCGACACCUAUACACCACCCGAGCUCGAGCCUGUCGCAGCACCACUGGGCAAGGUCCACUUUGCCUGCUUCCAGGAGCACAGCAACAUGGUGGUUGUGCAAAAUGUGUGGUGUCCGGUGCCGUGCAUGACGUGCAACAAGUUCGACCGCGAGAUUCGGCAUCGCUGUGUAUUCUGCUGCCUACGUGUCUGUGAGAGCUGCAAUCUGGUGCUGCAGAAGUGUCAGAGGCGGUCGUUGGCGGAGCUCUUGGGCCAGCUGGGCUGA